UUAAAAACAGCACCAAAAAUAUGUUUCUGUUGUAUAUCCGGAUCAGUGAAUUGUCUUAGGCGUGAUUUUUAACUAUGGAGCACUUGAACGCGUCAUGAUAAUGUGUACGGAGGCUGUGGGUGGGCCAUGAAGGCAGCACCAGACUUUGUAGCCUACUACAUGUACACAUACACACACAGUCAUUGAGUCACACUUUCAGUGACUGCGUGAUGGAGUGAAUUUCUCUAAAGACCUUGAACGGAGCGAUUAUUUCCCUUUGAAAAAUAACAGACGUGAACGCAACAUUUUAAUAACUCUUAUGUUUUUACCUGUGUGAUUUUUUUUUUCUUUUCCUUCUCUUAUCUGACUUAUAUGUUUGUAUGUGAGCGUGUGUGUGACAGUUGUGACCCUGACAUGGCUGAGGUUCCGCCGCCACCGCAGACACAGCAGGUCGACAUAGACCCAGACUUUGAGCCUCUUUCUCGCCCUCGGUCAUGCACUUGGCCACUGCAACGGCCGGAGCUCCUCGACCCGGCCGGCUCCAACACAUCCUCCCCGGCGCCCUCGGUGCAGCAGGAGUCGGGAGGAAACAGUGACUUCAUCAGUAACCUGGGCUUGUUAGAGGAGGACUAUGAGGAGUAUGAAGAGCAGAAGCCCGUGCAGCUACAUCACCACCAACACCACCACCACCAUCACCACCAUCCUCUGCACCACCAGCAGACCCCUGCAGGUCCACAGCUGCAGCCGCAGCAACAGGUGCCUCCUCCGCCCGGCGUCGCAACUUUGAGCGGCUCCGCGCAGAGGAAGAGCGGCCACAGCUCGUCCCGCCGCAACGCCUGGGGAAACAUGUCGUACGCAGACCUGAUCACCAAGGCGAUAGACAGUUCCCCCGAGAAAAGGCUGACACUGUCCCAGAUUUACGACUGGAUGGUGACGAGUGUGCCGUACUUUAAGGAUAAAGGAGACAACAACAGCUCUGCUGGUUGGAAGAACUCCAUCAGACACAACCUGUCGCUGCACAGCCGAUUUGUGCGCAUACAGAAUGAAGGAACAGGGAAAAGCUCCUGGUGGAUGCUGAAUCCAGAAGGAGGAAAGAACGGCAAGUCACCGCGGCGCAGAGCUGCCUCCAUGGACAACAACAGUAAGCUUGCCAAGAGCAGAGGAAGGGCGACAAAGAAAAAGGUGGCGCUACAGGAAGGUGUUGAGGGAGGAGGAGCUAGUCCUGGUUCCCAGUACUCUGGUAACUGGCUGGGGAGCCCGAACUCCCACAGCAACGAGGACUUUGAAACCUGGAGCUCCUUUAGGACGCGUACCAGCUCUGAUGCCAGCACACUGAGUGGUCACCAUUCACCGUUCCCCUCUGAGCAGGAUGACCUGGGAGAGUCCGAAGGCCACAUGAUGUAUUCUGGGGUGGCGGGGACAAAGAAAGCCUCCACCCUGCCUAGCUUGUCUGAAGUGGCUGGAUCCCUGGGCCACGAUGACUCAGAGAUCGUCAUGGAGACUCUGCUGGAUAACCUGGACCUGCUGCCUUCUAAAAAAGCCCCACUGGGCUCUGACUCCUCACAUUCGUCAAAUGCUGCAAUGCUUCAGAGUAGCCCCUACACCUCAGCGAGCUUGACCCCACAUUCACAGCAGGACUACCGAAAGUGCAUGUAUGGCCAAGUGGGAAUGAACUCCCUCCCCCCUGCUCCCAUGCAGACACGACCAGAGACCAAGCCAGGCUUUGGGGCUUAUGAGAACCAGUACAUCUGUCCUGCUGGUCUCCUCAAGGAGUUGCUCACCUCAGAUGCAGAUGCCAAUCGGGACAUGAUGCCCUCAAGGGAUACACUGGUGUCUCAGGUUGGAAGGGGAGAUUGUCUUCCUCCUCCCCCUCCUUACAUCAGGCAGUGUCAUGUGGGCAGUCACAGUGGAGUGAAAAUGAUGAAUUAUCCGCAUCCAGUGCCUUGUGUAAAUCCACCAGCUAUUCAUAACCAGGGACCUUCAACCUCACGAGACUUGAAUAGUUGUAACAUGAUCCCAUUGACUUGUCCCUCAGGACCCCCUCCUCGAAUGACUAGCCUGAGGACAUGCAUGCAGCUACCCCGUGGACACCCAGCACACACUAAUUAUGUCCCAGCAAACUGUAACAGAAGCAACGGCUACAGGGAACUUAACUCAGUUCACCCACAUGGCCAUCAUCCUCAUCAUCAUCAUCAUCAUCAUCAGGAACGGCUGCCCAGUGACCUGGACAACAUGUCCAUCGAGAGGUUCGAAUGUGACAUGGAGUCCGUCCUCCACGACACCCUCAUGGACGGUGGGGCGCUGGACUUUAACUUCGAUCCCGCAGCGGGGCCUCAUGGGUUUCCACAGAGGGUCAAAAGCACCACACACAGCUGGGUGUCAGGCUAGGAAGCGUGGUGUGUCACAAAAGAAGGAUUUGUCAGCAUCAUGCCAUUGCCUGCCACCAUUCAGAGAUGGGGGAAUUAAAAUCCAAAGAAGCCGCCACAUUCCUCCUCAUGGAGCAUCGGACACCCUUACUUUGUUCAAAAUAUUUCAGAUCGCAGCUCCAUAUGUAAAGUGUGUUUUGAAAUAAGAAAUAAGAGUUUCACAGCUGCACUGAACAUUUUUGAGAUGACCUGAGUGAGAUAAUUAACUGAUGGAUAAACCAGUGUAUCAUCUGCAUAGUGAGUCACAUGAAUUUGUGGUUGCUUGCCUGUGUGUUGGCCCGGUGAUGGACUGGUGACCUGUCCCAGGUCCUUACCCUUUGUCAGCUGGGAUU